AACAUGAUAUAUCAAUAGAAAUAAAUAUAUUUCUAAGUAACUUACAUGGCACGUGUACGAUUUAACAUGAAAUCCUUUUAAAACUUUUUGCAUGCCAACGUUUAAAAUUAAUAAGAGAAAGGAAAAACUUUGCUCUGCAUGAACUUGUACUGUCUUGCACAAUCUUGUACUGUAGAUGAGGACCAGUACGAGUUGAAUGGACAAUAAUCUGUUGUCUGUCGUUUUCUCCAUGGUAACUGUUGGCCAACGGCUCUAUUCAGACUGCUCUCUGUUAACGACCUUCAGCUCUUUCAGCGUCAAGCUGAACAGGCAUAUUUUUAAUAACAAAGAAACACAAGUUACAAAUGAGAAAACUGUCACGAACAAAACAAAACGUGGCAUGAUGAUCUUUGAGUAGUAGCUAACGUUACACAACACAAGUCGAAGAAGAAACAAUUUCAUCCCGCAGCAAUCGGAGGAAGCUUCCCAAUCCGCGAGGUGACAUGGUGAAAUGAAGAUGGUUAAAGAAGAGUCUCUACAAAGUUCAUCGCCUGAACGAACAAAUGGUGAAAAGGGCUGUCAAAUGUGGACGGAGGGCAUCGAUGAAGUAAGGGAGUGUCUAGUAUGCUUUGGCUCAAAUUAAUUGACUGUGACAUUUAUUUUUUUUUAUUUUUUUUGUCACGCAUAUGCAUUAAUAUUGUAUAAUGUAUUAUAUUAUGCGUAUAGCUUAUGCUUCAUAAUUAUGCUUAAGCACUAUAAUGCAUUAACAGAGAGCCUGAAAUCACAGGCCAUUCAUUUCUUUCUUUUCCUUCCUCCUCUUCCCACCUUGUUCCUUGGACCUACUCCAUCACCUUUUACUUUCACUGUUGAACAUUCUGCCUCUGUUCAGAUGAAUUAUGGGAAUGUUAGCCCCAGCAUUCUCACCCAUGGCCUUUGUCAUGUCCUCCACCUCUCCUGUGAAGAGACUGUUAGUCACAUGACCUGUGGUGAGGGUGCCGCAGGCUUCGCUAGUCUCCACAGUAGUGGUCAUGUGCAGUUUUAUUAUCCCGAUGGCCGUCUAAGAGAUCCAUCUUUUUGUCAAUCCCUCACCAUCCGUUAUGCCGGCCUCACCUCCACACAUCUGCCAGGCAGACUGGUUGGCUGGGGACCUGGGGCUGUUCUCACCGUACUAGAUGCAGAACUGAAUCCUCUGGUUCGUGCUGUGGAGCCCAUGGAUGUGAGGGUGUGCAAGAUUUUGGAGCACUCUAAUGAGCUUGUCACAGCUGGAAAGGGAAAUGUAUGUGUGUGGUGCCUCGCACACUUGGUGUGUCGCAAACGAGUGGUGGAGGGUUUGGGGAGACAAGUUAUUUUCACACAUCUAGCACUGAUGACUAGCAGGACUCAGCAGUGCCUCAGAGCACUGGCUGCAUAUGGACGAGCUGUGGUUGUGGUGGACCUUACAGAGGGAUGCAUUAUGGAGCACAAGAAGAACCUCCAUUUAAGGGAAAUCACAGGGAUGGUCUACUGUCCACUUAGGCGUAUUGUGGUUACUGCAUCAGAUAUGACAAUCAGAGUGUGGGGACCAGACUGGGAACUUCAGAUGGCCUUUGUGGGACAUACUGCUCUUGUCACUUCUCUAGUUCUGUGUCCUGUCUCUGGCCUGUUGUUGUCAUCUUCUCUUGAUGGUACUUUGAGAUGCUGGAGACCAGAAGUUGGAGACCAAGUCCAGACUAUAUCCAUUCCUAAUGGGUGCCCACCUCCUCUAGUCAUGGGAGGCCCAGAUAGUGCUGGCACCUUCUUCUCAUACUCCACCAACAGUGUGGACUUCUGGACCUUCAACUGCCUCUACAAUCUACACUGCAGACUGGACGGGGUCCUAAGAGGUCCUGUCCGCCAAAUCCUAACCCCACCAACCCCCCCUUCCUUCCGUGCCUGUGUAGUUUGUAUCCAUGGAAACAGUGAUGUCACAGUUGUUACGAAAGAAACGGGUGAAGUGCUCACUAGAUUCCAAGCCAUUGGAAGAGUAAGGUGUGCUGAUUACUGUGUACCUAAAGAGAUCUUACUGGUCCUCACUGAGGAUGGAGUGGUAACUAUUGCUAGUACAUUGACCAGUCCAGUAACAAUACUGGAUGAGUGGCAUGGGAUAGAGCAUUGGAAAUGGUCAGGUGGGCAGAUACAAGCAAAUAUAGGCACAGUUUGCUGCAUGGUCUUAUAUAAUGAUGUUAAAGAUAUACAAAUAGGACAGGAAGAAUGGAGAUCCUUACAGAUGCAGAGAUCACACAAGCCAAAGAAGAUAAAACUUCUACAUGAUGCAAAAAACAGGUUUCUGGUUAUACUGGGCCAUUGUGGUGGUUGUGUGUCUGUGCUUAAUAUGCAUUCUGGCAAAAUCCAGUUCAGAACUUCUGCUCACAACAACCAGAACAUCAGCAGCAUGCAGGCAUACCCCAACAGUGGCUACCUGCUGACUGCAGGUGAAGAUAAAGCUUUGCUGGUUUGGCGUGUGUUCCCAUGUGCUCAGCAGUGUUUGAGUCUCCAUUUCAGCGUGUUGUGUGAUCUGCCUCCUGUUUUGAUGGCACUGAUGGGAACCCAACUCACUCUCGCCUUACAAGUUCCUGAGAAUGAUACUUAUAGCCUGGUGCAAUAUAGCUUAGACAGCCAGAGCAGAUCUGACCAGCAACCCAAUGAAAAGCAUCACAACAAAAUCACAGGCCUCUGUGCUUGUCAUCAGCUGAGCAUGUUUGCUUCAAGCAGUCAGGAUGGGACUGUACGGAUCUGGGAUAUGGAAAACCACCUUCUUAGAAUUCUUGAGCUGAAUGCAGAGCCAGAGUGUUUGGCGUACUGUGAGAGUGGAGACCUGCUAUUGGGUAUCACAGGAGACCUCUACAGAAUCCCCCGCACACAACUACUGCCUCUGGACUGCAGGACACAAAAAUGGUAUCCAGACUCUGAAUUACCCAAAUCCUGGAUCCCAAUCAUGAGCCGUGAAUGCAGGACAGAGAGUUGCCAUAUUACUAAAAAGGAUGGUCCUGAAACUUAUGAUAGGAUAAAAGAUCCAGACUUUGGGGCACUUAUGGCAAUACAUAAAGAUCUGGAAUCCUUGCAAAAAGGAGAUGUUGAGUGCAGAAGGAGAAAACCAGCCAACAUAAAAUCCAAACGAGAGGCUUUCAAUAAUUACCUGGGUCUAAUUUACAGGCAACCCCUUGAUAUAAGGAUUCCAGAAGAAGAUAUGUUUGAUGUGUAUGCUAUACUUUUUCCACCUAAACUCCCUGAGCUUCCUCCGCUGAGCCCUUCCUCCUUCACCGAUGGCUUAUCCACGAGACUACAUUCUUCUAAAACACAGAGCGAACUAGAAGUGCAACGCUUGUAUAAUGAAGAGGAGGAGAAGAAGAAGAAGAGGGAAGAGGCUGACAUGCAUCUCGCACCCGUUGUAAAGUCUCCAUCAACACAGAAGAGCCCUCUUCCACCUUCACCAGUGGCAGAGACACUCAUAUACCCUCCACAAAAGCCCCUUCCACCAAUAAAGAGUCCUACACCCCCUCUGACUCCACCCUCCAAACCUGCCCCAACUUUACUCACCUCUGUCCCUCCCUCGCCCUCUUCUGCCCUACCCUCUCCCACCUCACAUGUACCAGAGUUUCUCCUGCAGUUUGUGGAUGAACAGUGGUUUCAGAAGAUGUUUCCUGAUCUGAGUUGUAUUUCGAGUUCUUUAUGCCCCAAGGAAUUCUGCAAGCAUCUGUUGAACUUCAUGAUGUCUUGCAGCGUGGCUCAGAAGAAUAGCAUCCUGAAUGCAUUACUUAUGCUAAUACAGCAGGAGGUGUUAGACAAAGAAUCUCUCAGUACAGGACUGCUGGUUUGCCUGGAAAACUGCAUUCACAAAAACAUGUUAAGGGAGGAACAGCAUUUUGUCGGUGAGCUGCUGAAUGUGCUGGUGUAUCUGAGUCCUGACGGUUUUGACACCAUUGUGGAGCUACUCGCCAUGUUGGCAAAUAAAGAAGCUGAUCUUAAGGAUUUAGUACUGUGUGUGCUGCAAAGGUUGGGUGUGGAGGAAGCUGAACUGUGGUUAUGUCCAGAAUUAGAGUCCUGGAACUCCCUGACAAAGCAUAAGCCUAACCAGCACCACAGUCUUCGAGACAUGGCCAGCCACUGGCUGCUUACCUGGACCAGAAAGUACAAGGUGUACAGUGGGUCUGUGUUCCUACGCAGUGAAGGAAUACAGAGUGUGUUCACACCUGUGGAGGUGCUCAAAUAUUUCUGCUCUGUGCAAAAAGGCAAACAAACUCGACCACCACCACCUCCACCAGAGGGCAGGAAAGAUGCUGUCAUUGUGCCUUCAGACUUGCCUAGACUGAAACCAAUUCAGCGCCUGGGAGAGACGUACAGCAUGUCUAGGAUACGGGAGCCUCAAGGACAUCUGCUGCCACCAUUGCCAUAUCGACCUGUGUUGAUGGAUUUCCCACGGUUCCUCUCUCUACCAAUGGCUCGUGUAACACUUUCUUCAUUCCCCUUUUCCCUGGAUUUUCAGCACUUCAGACGCCCCUCACCACAAAGAUACUUCUUCCUGGAGCACUCCUAUGUACAAUAUUACAGAUAG